AAAUUCGCUCGAAUGUGCUUACUGAGAUGGCGCAAUUUUCGAAAGACGCGGUAUGGUAUCGUUCGACCGUGAUACAUUUCAGUCGCGUUGGUGGCUGUUUGCGAUUUGACGUAUUCCGCGCGCGGGGAUGACACUUGUCAGCUUAAUUUAUGAAAUGUCAAACGUAUUGCAUGUAAUGCGCGAGUGAACGGUAAACAAAUUAAUAGUGAAAUUAUAUUGAUGCAGUGUAUUUAAAGAGUGUCAUGGACUGUUAUUAUUCUAAAUUUUAUCCAAGGCGUAAGUGACCAAUGGAAAAUUUACUACGGUGAUCGUAACACAAAUGAUGCAUCCGGCCGGAUACUACGCGAAUCUCGCGAGCGGCGCACUCGCAGCCGGCACCAUUGCGUCCCCGUGGAGCACGGCGGCCGGCGCGCCCGACACCAACGGCUCGGGCGGCGCCGACGCCAAACAUCUCGAUGUCGGAGAUGCUAGUGACGAUGAAAAGGAUAUGUCAGCUGCGGAUGCGGAGGGAGUCUGGAGUCCUGACAUCGAGCAAAGCUUCCAAGAGGCGCUGGCGAUAUAUCCGCCAUGCGGAAGGCGCAAAAUCAUACUCUCCGAUGAGGGCAAGAUGUACGGUCGUAACGAGCUGAUAGCGAGAUAUAUUAAACUAAGGACGGGAAAGACGCGCACAAGGAAACAGGUCUCCUCGCAUAUACAGGUGUUAGCGAGGCGGAAACUCAGAGAGAUACAGGCCAAACUGAAAGUGGACGGUGGUAUGAAAGACAAGGCGAUGCAGUCAAUGAGCACGCUGUCUAGUGCACAGAUAGUGGCUGGAUUGCCGCAUCCCGCGUACCAUCACACGCAAUUCUGGCAACCGGGUCUACAAGCGGGAACGUCACAAGAUGUGAAGCCUUUCCCUGGUGCGUCGUAUAAGGGUGUGGGGGUGGGCCCCGUGGGGGUGUCUGGAGGUGCGGAGGUGGCGCCGCCGCCAUGGGAGGGUAGAGCCAUAGCCACACACAAGCUAAGACUAGUUGAAUUCUCAGCGUUCGUGGAACACCCAAGAGAUCCUGAUACGUUCCCUCCCAGUGCUGGAGCACAACACCUGUUCGUUCAUAUCGGAGGAACCGUGACGUAUGCGGACCCACUACUGGAGUCGGUGGAUGUGCAGCAAAUAAACGAUAAAUUCCCAGAGAAGAAAGGCGGUUUGAAGGAAUUGUAUGAGAAGGGACCAAGGAACGCUUUCUUCCUUGUGAAGUUCUGGGCUGACCUCAACACCAACAACUUGGAUGAUCCGGGGGCCUUCUAUGGGGUCACCAGUGUUUACGAGAGCAACGAGAACAUGACUAUAACCUGCAGCACCAAGGUGUGUUCGUUCGGCAAGCAGGUGGUGGAGAAGGUGGAGACGGAGUACGCGAGGUUCGAGGGCGGGCGGUUCGUGUACCGCAUCACGCGCUCGCCCAUGUGCGAGUACAUGGUCAACUUCAUACACAAGCUGAAGCACCUGCCCGAGAAGUACAUGAUGAACAGCGUGCUGGAGAACUUCACCAUACUACAGGUGGUGUCAAACCGCGACACUCAAGAGACGUUGUUAUGUGCCGCGUUCGUGUUCGAGGUGUCCAACAGUGAGCACGGGGCGCAGCAUCACAUCUACCGGCUCGUCAAAGACUGAACGCUCCCCCAAACACCCCCCGACACCUCCACACCCUCGAGAGCCGUGACACUAUCCGUUUCCGUCAACUGUAAAUACAAGUUCUAUAUAAUGUUAAGUCACUAGUGUAAUGAGGUCUAUUUUUCAUUCGAACGUGUAAAUAGUGUUGUAGUGAUGAUGUCGGACGGAGCUAUCGAUAUCGGCAUAGUGUCGCAGUGGUCGUAUCGAUAUCGACAUACACGGUCCAAGCUGUAGGAGAGCGGACCGCGGGGAUAUAUCGUUAUAUGUAUGCGAUACAAGAAUUGUGAUCUGAUAUAUUAUUCUACAUGUAUUUUUGUAAAUGGAAAUUUAUGUAUAGCUCAAUUUUUGAAUAUCAUUCAAAUAGUUCAUCCCUGUGGGGAGAUCGAUUUUUAUUAUUGAUUUAUAUUAAUCUAUUUAUAUUAUAAUUUUUAUUAUUAUUAUUAUUAUUAUUAUUCUUUCAGAACAUAGCCUAUGUGUAAAAUAUGAAUGUUAAGAGAAUAUAAAGAUACACACAGUGCCUCUAUAAUUAUGUUACAUUAACAUAAAUGAGCGUGUUUAAUGUUCCCAGUGUACGUCCGUACUAUGGAAACAUUAAAACUUAAUGUAGGUUUCGAAUAAUAUAUUGUAUUAGGUAUUCGUUAAGUUGAUGAUGUUAUAAGUACUCGUAUAGUGAACGUUCACUUCACGCAGGCUCGGACUCGCUGUGACGUCAUCGCACACGUGACGCGUUUGCGAGUGUUCAGUCAGACGCUUACUACUUGUUCCAGAUGGUGGUUGUGUUGUUUUUAUCUUUCACCGACGUCCGGCGCCUGACUGUCCAAUACAUCAUACACAUUACCACAUGUUCGAGUCGAACUAAAAACGGAGAAUUCGUAGUUUUUCAUCUAACCUUACAUACGAUAGCCUCGCUAUCAUCUCCGUGUGCGGUGUGAUGCGAACAAGUGGUAAUUGCAUUGGGCGUGGCACAUAUUUAUUUUAUAGUAAGGGUUUCUCGCUUUAACGCCGCUCGCCACCAGCCGCAGGUCUUUGCCACAUUGUACAUAUCGCAUGUUCUGUUAUGUCAUAGUAGUAUGUACAGACAACUCCCUACAAAUUUUGUCGAGAUCUCGUAAAGCUAGCUUUACACUACACUACACUAAUGACCUUUGUUAUUCUUCCCUCAUCCUUCAUUAUCUGUGUCUUCGACUUCACUUUCAGUGUGUGUAGUGUAAAAAGAUAUUAUUAUAUUAACUAAUUUAGUUGUUAAACGCUUUACUUACACGCGUCCUUUAUUUGGCGGCAUCUUUUAGUAUUAAUAUGUGUAUAUUUUUUAUCGGUUUCUGUAUUUAAAUGAAAAAUAUAAUAGAAAAAUUUACAAAGUUAAGAACACGUGCCGCAGAGGUCACUUAUUAUUAUCUUGCGCUAUCUCGUUUCGCUAAUCCGAUAAAAUACUGAAACCGAUGGUUGGGUUUAUAUAAAGUGUGACAAACAAGUGUUAUCACUAUAACAUAUUAAUUAGUUAGCUAUCACACUACCCGGAGCCGGAAAUGACAAAACAGUUAUUAACCGUCUUCGCCUCACGCCGCUACAUAUAUAUAGAUGUCGCUUUGUAUAAAUUCAAUUUUUAUUAUUAAAAGCCUUUUCAACUUUCAAAGUACAAAAGGCGUUUCGCCCUCAUUAUAAAUAAGUUAGAACGGCAAUGAUUUGAUCUCUCUUUUAGUCAAAUAUUUUAAGGGUCCACCCGUUUAAUGUUUUCACCGAGCUCAACCUUCGUAGAUGUCGACAGGAAUGCUAAUAAAUACUCUGUGUCCGAAGCGUCGCCUGCGGAGCUCCUGACGGAACCCCGGGACGCGGUAGGACGAUGUUAUCAUAGCUAAUGUAUAAGAGAUAACUGUAUUUAUUACAUAGAUUCAUAUUAGGUGAUUUGUAAAGUGAUUAGCAGGUAAGGUUUUAUUUAAUAUGGCGAUCGUCGUUCGGUCAGAUGUUUCUCAUUGUAGUACUUAAGAUCGGUAUACCGCGUAAGUUGUUUUGCUUCCAUGUCAUUGACCUCCAUCCCUCGCGCCCACUAGCAUCCGUGUAUACUCUGUAUGUACUCAAACGAGAUUAGUUCGAUGCCACUUUGUUUUUCACGAUAUUCAUACGACAUUAGCUGUUUGUAAAUAUAGUUUAGAGCAUCUCUUUUAGUUGUAGCUGUAAGUUCCGCUUGAAAUGGUCUUUCAUAUCGACAAUCUGCCAUAUCAAUAUGAAGAUAGUACGUUCGGUCGGUCGUUGAAGGGAAUCAUUUGUGCCGUUUCAUUUCGCUAUAAAAUGUUUUUUUUUUUUUCAUAAUAUAAUAUAUAAAACGUUCAUUUGUUUAGCAAAUGAUUAGCUGCAAGGCCUGCCGACGAGUGUACAGUAUUUUAAAGAUAAUAUUACGUUAAAGAUUUGUAUGAAAAUUUAAUUAUAUUGUCUUCUUAAA